AUUGAAGAAAUGCCCAUUUUUGCACAAAUUUCUCUGAAGCCAGAAGUCCAUAAUUACUUGAAGGAUGUUUUCUUAAACAAGGAGAUAUUGGCUGCAUCGGGGCUUAAGGAGGCAGAAUGCCGGUUUCAGAGGCUGCUCAUGUGCCUGUCUCACCCACCGGCAUACACAUGCGUGCGGGUCAGUACUCACCUAGCUCCCCUGGAAGAGAUAAGACAAAAGCUCAAGGAAGAGCUGAAAAAGCAGCAAAUAUAUGGCCCUUCAACAGAUGAGGCUGCCGUCAAGAUCCUUCCUCACCCGUGCAUUCCAGAUGUGCUGCUCCUUCCUGUCAUUGGUCCGAGAUCUGUGAGCCAGCUCAGCUCUGAGGUGGUUGUGGGCGCCCAGUGUGGCAGUGCUGUCUUGAGAGGUGCGCAUGUAUUUGCUCCGGGGAUCCUUGCCACACCAAAGUUCAUGAAGUCUGGAGAUGUGGUGUCUGUGUUCUCCGAUUUGGAGGGCAAGUGCACACGAGGAGCCAAGUUCUUCCAGGGACAGAGAGUUUUUCUGGGAAAUGGGGUUGCAGAAAUGGAUCGCUCCACCAUCUUCUGCUCAGACAAACCUGUCAGCGGUCUUGGUAUCCGAAUGGUAGAAUCACUUUACCAAAGUCCCUCUUUUGAUGGAGUUCUGCCCAGUCUGGCAUUCUUACAGAACCUUCCCUCUGUGGUUGUGGGUCACGUGCUGGGGCCCCGCCCUGGAGAGCGGAUUCUGGACAUGUGUGCCGCUCCUGGCGGGAAGACCUGCCACAUCGCUGCCCUCAUGGGGGAUCAGGGUGAGGUUGUUGCCCUGGACCGGGUCCGAAAUAAGCUUGAGAGAAUUCGUCAGAAUGCCCAGAUGUUGAAUCUGCACUGCAUCAAAGCCUAUUGCUUUAACAGUACCCAGGCUGUGGGCAGCGAUCCCGCCCAGCAAACCGAAGGACCUCCCUUUCUCCCUGAAAGUUUUGACCGGGUCUUGUUGGACGCCCCCUGUAGCGGCCUGGGACAGAGGCCCAACAUGGCCAGCACCUGGAGCCUCAAAGAGAUCCGCUCCUACCAGCCUCUGCAGCGCAAGUUAUUUCACGCCGCAGUGAAGUUGUUGAAGAAAGGCGGGGUCUUGGUGUACAGCACGUGCACGGUCACUCUAGCAGAGAAUGAGGAGCAGGUGGCCUGGGCCCUCCAUACGUUUCCCUGCCUCACACUCCAGCCUCAGGAGCCUCACAUCGGCGCCGAAGGCAUGCUGGGAGCUGGCCUGUCACCUGAGCAGCUGCGGUGCCUCCAGAGAUUCAGCCCUGAACUAAGCUGGGACCAAACGGGGUCAGAGGGCCCCGCCGAGCCGCCAACACCCCUACCAUGCACGGCCAACUGGGACACUAUUGGCUUUUUUAUUGCCAAGUUCACAAAGAACUGAGCAGAGAGAGAGAGAAUGUUUUUCUUUCGCUUAUCGGUCAGCAUAACGGGACCGUUGUCCGGCGGCGGCCCUUAUAAGAGACUGGAGAGGAGGGAACCGAAAAGUGUUUGCAGCCUCAUGCACGGCAUGCUUAGACAAGCCAGUGUUGACAGACACUCGGUGCGCUGUUUACAACAUCUGCCUCUCAGCAGCUGCUCUCUAAAACUGUGGGCCAUAUAGGGAUGAGCUCUAUAAACACUGAGGGCAGGAGAGAGGGGCAGGGAGGGAUCUGAGGGCAAGAAACUUUUUUGAGGGGGGGGGGCAGGGGAGAGCGAGUGAAUGAGUAUCGGCGAAUGCAGUGCUGCUAGUGUCACCAUAACAACAGUGACGACAUAGCUACCAUGGCUACAGCGGAUUUGCAGGCUCACAGACCAUGGAUCAGGAAGUAGUGUGCAGAAGGAGGUCAUGGGAGGUAUUAACAAUUUAUUCUUUAUGUCCACCUCCUCCUCCUUUCUACAUCGUAGGGAUGUAGACAGGAGGAGGAGGUGGACGAUGCCGGUGUGUUCCUGCUCUUUACGCUCCCUUAAACUGAUGUCUUAAAAUGACAUUUUGUGACAUUAAAGUUUCUACGAUU